AUGUCAUCAGCCGCAUCGAUGCGGGGCUUUUCGGCCGCCACGGACAAGACGGUGAUGGGCAGCUACAUGAGACUGGAUCAGCCGGACGACGGCAUCAUGUGCGAGUAUGUGUGGAUCGACGGAACCGGCGAGGGCAUACGAAGCAAGUGUAAAACGCUGUCGGAGGAACCGCAGAAACCGGAAGACUGUCCUAUCUGGAACUACGACGGAUCCAGCACCUAUCAGGCGGAAGGAUCGAACUCGGACAUGUACUUACAUCCGGUGGCACUUUUCCGGGACCCUUUUCGAAGGGGCAAGAAUAAGCUAGCCCUGUGUGAAGUCUACAAGUAUAACAAAACUCCGGCAGAUACAAACAAGCGUCACACGUGUGUCAAGGCCAUGGCAGAGGCCAAGGAGUCGCAUCCGUGGUUCGGCAUCGAGCAGGAGUACACCCUGCUGGAUUACGAUGGAUACCCUUUCGGCUGGCCCAAGAACGGAUAUCCGGGUCCUCAGGGUCCGUACUACUGCGGUGUGGGUGCUAACCGCGUGUACGGUCGUGACAUCGUGGAGGCCCACUACCGGGCGUGUCUGUACGCUGGGGUAAAGAUCGCCGGAUGUAACGCUGAGGUCAUGCCCGGGCAGUGGGAGUUUCAAAUAGGACCCUGCGAGGGAAUCGACAUGGGUGAUCACCUGUGGAUUGCCAGGUACCUGCUUCACCGGGUGGCCGAGGAUUUCGGGGUAAACGCCACCCUUGACCCCAAGCCCAUGGAGGGCGACUGGAACGGGGCUGGGGCCCACUGCAACUACAGCACGGUGGCUAUGCGACGGCCCGGCGGAAUCAAGCAAAUUGAGGCGGCCAUAGAGCGUCUCUCCAAGAACCAUGUGCGUCACAUCCGGGCCUACGACCCCAAGGAAGGCAAGGACAACGAGCGCCGUCUGACGGGCCUGCACGAGACCUCGAGCAUCCACGACUUCUCGGCGGGCGUCGCCAACCGCGGCGCAAGCAUCCGCAUACCGCGUCAGGUCGCGGAAGACGGGUACGGAUACUUGGAGGACCGCCGACCGUCGUCAAACUGCGACCCCUACACGGUGACGGAAGUACUCGUUCAAACAACAUUGUUGGAUAAGUGACCCUGCAGACUUCACCAUUGGAUAAGUGACUUUGAAGACGAUAUUUUGGCUACUUGCUAGUUCAGACGUUAUUGUUAGAUAAGUCAACAUGCAGACGAUAUUGUUGGAUAAUCGGUCGGCCGCAAUUUUGCGAGCCAAUGUGUGGCAGGUUACUUUUCUACUUAAACAUCACUUGACUUUUAAUGCUAUCAAAGAAGACCAUUCACCUUCUUAACCCGUUUAUGCCUAGCGUCUAGAAAAAAACCUUGGCAAACAUGGUAGACCCUGAUGAGACGGCGGCGUCUCAUCAGGGUCUGCGCUGUUUGCUUAAAGGGAUUCCUGUCAGAAAUGUUCUUAAUAUAGAAAUAAAUAUACUAGACAUCCCUAAUUUUGGAAAUAAAUUGAUACAAUUUAGAAGGAUGGGAGAGUCCACUAGGCAUUAAUGGGUUAAUCUUCUAGAUCAAUAUGUUGAACGAGCGAAUAAUACUCUAAUGUUUGUUUUCCACACAGCGACUUCUUGUUUAUGUUGAAAAUUGUUCUCGGCGUAAAUAAAUAUCUGUUAUAUAACAAGCAUUUGGGUUUUUAAUCUUGCUGAUAUCGUUUUAGUCCGUUUUUUCAAGUCUAAAAUUUAAAAAAUGAACCCAACAGUUUAUGUAGUCCCGCUACUAGUAGAAUACAACUUUGGUAGAAUAUGCGCCGUAUUAAGACGGGUGACAAUGGCAAUAGCUACAUUGAGUAUUUAAGGUCAACUUUUGAGGUCACGGUUCGAAAUGCAAUCAACCUAGGGCUAGUCCAUUGUAUUGAAUGAUUUUGAAAUAACUUUUAAAUUAUUCAAAAUUGUACUUAUACGUGACGAUGUGUCGUACAUGACAAAAAUACGGCCACGUUCAAUAAUAAUGUUAUAUUUAACCAGGUUUUCCGAAGGAAAAAACUGGUUAUUAGAUUGGCGAAUGCGGGCGGGCUGGCGGGCUGGCGGGCGGGCGGAACAAGCUUGUCCGGGCCAUAACUUUGUCGUUCAUUGUGAGAUUUUAAAAUCAUUUGGCACAUUUGUUAACCAUCAUUAGACGGUGUGUCGCGCGAAAAAAUUACGUCAAUAUAUCCAAGGUCAAGGUCACACUUUGAGUUCAAAGGUAAAAAAUAGCCAUAAAUGAGCUUGUCUGGGCUAUAACUAUGUCAUUCAUUAUGAGAUUUUAAAAUCAUUUGGCACAUUUGUUCACCAUCAUGGGACGGUGUGUCGCACGAAAGAAUCACGUCAAUAUCUCCAAUGUCAAGGUCGCCACGACUAAAAAUAGAUUUAUUUUAAAACAAACUUACAAAGGGGGUUAAUUUUGUUUGUUCAUUUAAAAAGUUCAGUUUGAGUUGUCUCCCUUUAUCAGAUUUUUUUUUCACAAUGAAAACCUGGUUUUGUGACAAUUUUGUCCCUUGUUGUAGAUUAUUUUGCCGGAACAGGUCUUGUCCACCCUAUCACAUCCCGAGACAUGCAAUGACUUUGAAAUAGCAUCGCACGCAUAAUUGUUAACUUGUUAACUGUACGCAUCGAUUAACCCAUGUAUGCCUAGUGGGCUCUCCCAUUCUUCUUAAUUGGAUCAAUUUAUGUCCAAAAUUAGGGAUGUCUAGUAUAUUUAUUUCUAUAUUAAGAAUAUUUCAUACAGAAAUUCCUCUGAGGAAACAGCGCAGACCCUGAUGAGAUGGCGCAUCAUGCGGCGUCUCAUCUGGGUCUACGCUGUUUGCCAAUGCCUUUUUUUCUAGACGCUAGACAUAAAUGGGUUGAAAUUGUUCUCGACGUAAAUAAAUAUCUGUUAUAUAACAAGCAUUUGGGGUUUAAAAUUUGCUGAUAUCGUUUUAGUCAGUUUUAGCAAGUCUAAAUUUAAAACAACUGAACUCAACAGUUUCUGUAGCCCCGCUACCAGAACGAACUUGGGUAGAAUAUGUACCUUAUUGAGACGGUUGACAAUAAAGCUACAUUGAAUA